AUGGUAAAACAGCUGACUUCUGUACAAUCUUUAUUAUCUCUACCUUCUAACGACCAACCUCAAUGGUAUGCAGCUGGUCCAUCAACCUCCUCCGUUAUACUCAAGAAUGAAGUAGCGGGUAAUCAACAAACCGCUAAAAACCCACGCGGUAAUCGCGGUAGAAAGCUAUCACUCUCCAAUAGCCUUAAUAGGAAGGGUAAGAUCUCUAGAUGGAAUCCUAGCUCCCGAAGUCUAGAAAUGGAUAGAGCACACAGAGAUCAAGUUAAAAAGCGCCUCUCUAGGUUCAUUCCAGAUGAGAUUGAGCUUGAGUACGAUUCAGAUGAUAGCGAUUCAGUUUCCAUUGAGUUAGAUGAACCUUCAUGGUAUGAUGUUAUACCACAACCUCAAAGAUUGGUCGAUGCUGUACAGUCACCUCAUAUUAAAUCUUCUAUCACUUGUCCAAGGUUAUCUGAAUUUGAACAUAGAUCAGCUGACGUAGUUGAAAACGAGAAGGAAAUUACAAAAUCAAUUGGUAGAGCAUUAUCAAAUAUCUAUGACACACGCAACACUACUAAUCAUAUAAAUGAACUGUUUAUCUCGAAUACUGGAGUUGAUUUACCAACUAACAACGGCAAGGAGGUUCAAGAUAUACAUCUGACCGUCGAAGAACAAAAAGUACAAGCUCAAAGACAUAUUGAAUCACUGCAUGAAGCUUUGGCAGAUAGUCGCGAAUAUAUUGAACAAUUAAAAAGUCAGUUUGGAAAGGAUUAAGGGAAUCUGUUUAUUUGAAUUUAGGCGGUGAAUUACCAGCAUAAAAUUAUGUGCCGGUCAAACUUUCUAAUGCUAAUUGUAAUUGAUUUAUAGCUGUAUCUUUAUCCUCAUAAUUUAAUGCUGAAAUUGCCCAUUUUGCAUGCUUUUGUGCUUUAAUAACGAUGGUUGGAUCGAUACCUUGAGGUUCCUCCGUUGGUAACAUACUUGUCAUAGCUUUUGGUGAUGGUAAGUGCUGAGAUAAGCUCGAAUUUGAGCGAAAACGCGGUGAGGAAGGCAAAGAAGGAUGUGGUGAUUGCUUAGGUGAUGGUAAACCAACUGUGCCGUGUUUUGGGGAUGGUUUCGGUGAUGCCAUAUGUGGUGGUAGGCCAGCAGUACCUAUUUUUGGAGAAGGUACGCUUGGCAACCCAACUGAACCAACCUUCGGGGAGGGCACACUAGGUAAACCUGAAAUAGCUGCUUUAGGUGAAGGUGCAUUCGAUAAUCCAGCUGUGCCUAGCUGUGGUGACGUUAGUGCAGAAGUACUAGCUCUCGGGGAUGCAGAAGCGG